AUGGCCGCAACUCAUGGUACAGCAACUCACCUUCCAGCAGGUCCGAUGGCUGUCUCAGCACCGCUACCAGGGGAUGAAGUACGAGAGUAUGAGAAAAUCCUGACCAUCAAGGAACAAAUCUUCUCCGGCACUCAUCCCCGACUCAACGUACCCCAGCAUCUCGUACGCAAAUCUGGAAACAGCAAAAAUAUCCCUAUACGGGCGCAGCCACCCAAAACAACACCUUCAAAACCAGUUGUGGAAACCACUCUUCAACAUGAGAUUACAAAACCUACCUACCAGAGCUCGGAGAGUACGUUGGCUGGAAGCGCCUCAUCUGCAACAGUUGCUCGCGUGGGUUCGAAGCUCAAAUCUGCGAUUGAUCCGAUCUUUUUGACAAAGUCGGAUGACUUGCUCAGAGCAGAGCAACAGCUACAGAGACAAAGAUUGGAGAGGGCACUGCGUGAUCAAGUGGAGCUUCAGAAGAAGGAGAGCAAGCAGAGACCAGCGGUCCAGGACACUAAGCCUGACUUUGAUGUUUCAGAAGUGUUCAAGCAAGCUCUAGAGGUUGUAAAACCGAUCUCAUUAAGCGAACCCUCCGAGGCUAGUGGGCCUGGUGAUGACUCCCUUGACGACAAUUCAUUUUACUCCAGUAGAGCUCCUGAUUCGCCUCCUGUCAUGCAACAAAAAUCCUCCCCCGCAGCUAUUGUAGCACCAGCAGGCCCUGCUGUUCGUGCCCCAGUACCUUACGGGGAUGAGUUGCAGCGACUUGAAGCUCUGAACCAGCCUGGAUCGGAUCAGGAAAUGCAAGAUGCUUACCUUGUUGCUGACCAGCGUCCUUCCUAUUAUCAGAAACAGGCCCGUCAUCAGAAACCUGAGGUUCCCAGCCGACUGCAGGACUCGCAACCGUUUGAGAUCGUGGAUGAACCCGAUUAUUCCCCACCUGCUCCAGCGGAGCCGCCGAUUGUCCAUCGCGACUGUCCCCGAGGAGUAGAAAGUGGCGUGGAAAUACAAUCUAGAACAGAUGCUAGGUACACCGACAAGACCCAAGAUAUCCGCGAACCCCCCUCUCCCGCAAAUGUGAAGGUAGUUCGGAACCACAUCACGUCACCAGCAGCCCCGAAGCCGUCCCGCGUGUCACCUCUGGCCAUGGCCAAGGCUCCUCCGGUUGCGCAAAUCCGAGACGAGCGACCGGAAACUGGCGUUGUUCAAGUGUAUUCAGACCCAGAUUCUGCUCGAGGUAGUCCUGGUGUACCAGUUUCUAAUAUCAUGUCCCGGAAACGGAGGAGGCUGCGUGAAGGGGACGAAGAAAUUCGCCGAGCACCACCCAGAAGACAGAAUGCAGAGCCUACCGAGAUAUACAUCAAAGAAGAGCCGGUCUCACCACCACCGUUUGCCCAUGAUCCAUCUGUUGUUCGCAGUCGACACCCCCAGGAGCGCCCUAUCUAUAUUGAUAUCGCGUCUCCUCAAUACGUUCCAAUGUAUGAAAGCCGUGGUCCCCCCCUUCGGGAGCCAGUCUCGGACAUCGAUGCCUAUCACGAGCUUCCACCAAACGUCGGGCCCCAGCGCACAAUUUCUCGACUAAGCACCAGACGGCCAAUUCGCGAGGAUGCCGAUCUUCGACGAGUCGCCAGUGUGCAGUACGCCAGACAUCCAGAUUAUCCUCGUGAGUACAUUGAGGCCCAGCCGCGCACAAUUCGGGCAGCAUCAUACGUCGUGGAACGCCCGGUCCAAGAGCGUCCGAGGUACUACGAAGAAGCUCCCUCUUACCCGCAGCACCGCUACGUCGCUGCGGACGACAUGCCAUUGUCGGGCUACCGCGAGCCUUAUUACGAAGAGGCACCACCAGCACGGAUAAUGGCCCCUCCUCAGCGCCGAAUUGUGGUUGAUGAGCAUGGAAACCAGUAUUAUGAAUUGUUGCAAGCCCCAAGAAUGCAGCCAAUGGCCCCUCCGCCUCCGCCCCGGCCAGUCUCCCAAAUGCCAAAGGAUGUGUAUGAAGAGCGACUGCCCCAGCAUCGCAGCGCAAGUGUUCGCGCGCCUUCAGUCGUCCAAGAUCCAUACAGUGAGCGACGCUACGUGCAGGAGAUGCCCCCACCCCAGCCAAUCUACAGACGAGUCACAUCAGACUAUGUUCGUCCUGUAGCGGCGCAUGAGCGACAAAGCUACGCCCCCCAAUACGAAAACCAUGAACACUACGCGCGCAGUGGCAGCGUACAAGUAGCAGAGUACCUCCCUCCUCGUCAUACAGUGUUUGUCGAUGAGCGCGGAGUCCCCCAGGAGAGAAUCAUGCGAACGGCUAGCGUUCGCCCCCCACAGCCUCGCUAUGAAGAUCCACAUGAGGUCUACCAGCGAGUGGGUAGUGUGCGGCCGAGUGGUCCCGCCCGCGAGCCCAGUGUUUUCAUGGAAGACAGGCCGAUGGGAGAAUACGUUGAGAGGCCUUACUACAUCCGAGAACGGAGGUAUUAUGAGGGCGAAGGCGAAGCGGGAGAUCGCAUUGCAUAUGACGGCGCAAACGAUUCGGUUCAGCGGGCUCCUGAGCGUUACCAGUAG